GUCCUCUCUCCCCCCCGCGCCUUACUGCUACCGUUUCUUCAUCGCCACCAUUGCCUACUCACUUCACCGAUUCUCAACUCUCCCUCCCUCUCUCUCUAUGGCAAAGCGAUCCAAACCCCAAACCCAAAUUUCUGAAAACCCCUCAACUUCCUCCAAAAUCCCAUUCCGACCCCAAAAAAUUCUAAAACUCUCCACCACCACCAAGCUCACCGUCCAAAUUUCCUCGGAUUUGCCUAAAACCCUAAAACCAUUAACUUCCCAAUCCGAAAUUACCCUCGCCCUAAACCACUUACGGAGCUCCGACCGGCAAUUAGCGGCUCUGAUCGACUCCUACAGCCCGCCGACGUUCGAUUCCGACCGUCCACCGUUCCAAUCACUCGCGCGAAGCAUUCUGUACCAGCAACUCGCCACCAAAGCCGCCCAAUCGAUCCACGCCCGAUUCGUCUCGCUCUGCGGCGGCGAGUCAUCGAUCCUCCCCGAAACUCUGCUCUCGCUUUCGGCCCAGAAUCUCCGGCAGAUCGGAGUUUCGGGCCGGAAAGCCUCUUAUCUCCAUGACCUGGCAGAGAAGUUCAGUGAUGGGACUUUAUCGGAUUCGGCGAUUCUCGAAAUGGACGAUGAGUCGUUGCUGACAAUGCUGACGGUGGUCAAGGGAAUUGGGGCUUGGUCGGUGCACAUGUUUAUGAUCUUCUCGCUUAAACGACCUGACGUUCUGCCGGUGGGUGAUCUUGGUGUGAGGAAAGGAGUGAAGCUGUUGUAUGGUCUGAAGGAGUUGCCAAAGCCUUUGGAGAUGGAGGAGGUGUGUGAGAAAUGGAGGCCUUAUAGGUCUGUUGGGUCUUGGUACAUGUGGAGGUAUAUGGAAGCCAAGGGGGUGUUGUAGCUCCAAUUGGGUAGUCUCUAUGAAUCACAUAAGCUUUUACUGCGUGUUUAGUUCUCCACUUGUUGUAUUUCUGUACUGUUGCACUGGUUUUGUCAUUGUUAGAAUGAAAGUUGAAAAUCUUCGAUUCGAA